GCCUGUGAGAGGAAGAUAUGAAUUUAGUGGGCUCCCUGUGGAUCCUUUGGCUUCCCCUGGUGUGCAGGGCUGUGGCAGGUGCUGAGUCGAUGUCAGACCCAUCGCUCAGGCCUGGACAAGGCAUUACAGAAGGACAGAGGCAGGUGGUGAACCAGGCCAAAUACAAAUGUGUUGAGCUGUCCAACAAAGACCGCCCAGAAAACAGAACGGGUAUGUUCUGUGGACGUAUGUGGGAUGGUUUAUUGUGCUGGGGUGAGACAAAAGCUGGGACAUCUGUAACACAAAACUGUCCAGAUUAUCCUGACCUGGACCCAGCUGAAAAAGUGACCAAAUAUUGUGACGAACUGGGUAACUGGGUCGAGACUGGCUCCAUCUGUCAGCCAACUUCAAAGGAGAAAUUAGAGAAGGAAGUCCUCCAUUUUUUAAGAGAUGCUGCAGAAGAGCUUACUACAGAGGCCACAGGGGUUAACAAAGAAAAAGGCAGUGUUGUAGAAAAAAAGAUACUUGAGAAUGAAAAUAAAUGCUUAGAGAAAAUGAAGCAGGAUCCUCCUUAUGAUAAAUCAGGUCUGUACUGCAGUCGUAACUGGGAUGGCUGGUUGUGCUGGGACGAUACCCCAGCGGGAACCUACGCCUCCCAAAACUGCCCUGAUUAUUUUGUUGACUUUGACCCCACAGAAAAAGCAACUAAGUACUGUGGAGUAGGCGGGCAAUGGUUUCACCAUCCAGAGAGCGGUAGGAUUUGGACCAACUAUACACUCUGUGCAACCACCCAUGAGAAAAGACAGAGGGAAAUGAAAUUGGUUGAAAAUGAAUACAAAUGCCAUCUGAAAAUAAUUCGAGAUCCACCUUUGAACAAAUCAGGUCUGUACUGCAGUCGUAACUGGGAUGGCUGGUUGUGCUGGGAUGAUACUCCAGCGGGAACCUACGCCUCCCAAAACUGCCCUGAUUAUUUUUCCAACUUGGAACCCACAGAAACGGCAACUAAGUACUGUGGAGAGGACGGGCAGUGGUUUCGCCAUUCAGAGAGCAACAAGACCUGGACCAACUAUACACUUUGCGCUGUUAACACUAAGGAGAAGUUGAAGGCAGCCCCCCAGCUCUCAGGGGACACUGAGGUACAGCUCAUCGAUGAGGCCACGGUCAGCCCAACGGUUAACCCAGAAGAGCAGGAAAUUGUGAGAAAGAAAAUCCUUGACAGCCAGUACAAAUGCUUUGAAAAAAUGAAUCGAGAUCCACCCUAUAAUAAAUCAGGUCUGUACUGCAGUCGGAACUGGGACGGCUGGCUGUGCUGGGACGAUACUCCGGCGGGAACCUACACCUCUCAAAACUGCCCUAAUUAUUUUGUGGACUUUGACCCUACAGAAAAGGCCACUAAGUACUGUGGGGAGGAUGGUCAGUGGUUUCGCCACCCGGAUACCAACAGGACUUGGUCCAACUACACACUCUGCAACGAAAACACUAAGGCAAAAUUGAAGUCAGCAUACAUCCUGUUUUACAUGGCAAUUGUGGGUCAUGCUUUAUCCAUAGCCUCCCUGCUUAUCUCUCUGGCCAUCUUCUUCUACUUCAGGAGUCUGAGCUGCCAAAGGAUCACCCUCCACAAGAACCUCUUCUGCUCCUAUGUGCUCAAUUCUGCCCUCACCAUCAUCUACCUCAUAGCGGUGGUCAACAAUCCUGAAGUGGUAGGCAGAAACCCGGUCGGCUGUAAGGUGUUGCACUUCUUCCACAUGUACAUGCUGGGCUGCAAUUACUUUUGGAUGCUCUGUGAAGGCAUCUACCUGCACACGCUCAUCGUGGUUGCUGUGUUUGCAGAGGAGCAGCAUCUGCACUGGUACUACCUCCUGGGCUGGGGCUUUCCGCUAGUCCCUGCAUCCAUCCAUGCUGUAGCAAGGAAAAAGUAUUUCGACGACAACUGCUGGAUGAGUGUGGAAACCCAUCUGCUCUAUGCAGUUCAUGGUCCUAUAGUGGCAGCGCUUCUUGUGAACCUCUUCUUCUUACUAAAUAUUAUAAGAGUGUUGGUGACCAAGUUGAGAGACACGCACCGGGCAGAGUCCAACAUGUACAUGAAGGCGGUUAGAGCCACCCUCAUCCUUGUGCCCCUGCUGGGAAUACAGUUUGUCAUUUUUCCCUGGAGGCCAGAGAAUCGGCUGGCCGGGGAGGUCUACGAGUACAUCAUGCACAUACUCAUGCACUACCAGGGGUUAUUAGUGGCAACAAUAUUCUGCUUCUUCAAUGGAGAGGUACAGGCAGCUCUGAAGAGACAGUGGAUGCAGUAUAAGACCCAGUGGGGUCAGAGACGAAAGGACCACUGCUCAAUGCGCUCCACAUCCUACACAGCCACCUCCAUCACCGAAGUUCCAGCCUUCAUGUACCACCACGACUGUAACAGCGAACAGCUGAACGGGCGCCACACGAAGGACUCUGAACUGGUUGCACUAAAAUCAGGAGAGAUUUACGCGUGAGUCACACUGAGGAUGAAGAGCAUAGCGGCGGGAACAGCUGAGCAAGAGUAACGGCGCAACGGAGAUGUACAGUAAGAAUGGAGAAUGAAUCCGGUUUUCCCGCCAUAUCUCAGUGACUAAAUCUCAGAGGCAAAUGCUGGUUUGGACGAUAAUACGGGUCUGGAAAUAAAGUGCUCACUGGGACAGAGAUGGAUUAGCUACGAGACUGACACUUCAUUUUACUUUACAGUGUUGUUGCGGCUGCUUUUUGAGAACUUUGAUGUCGAGAACUUGUCGCGUGAGACAAGAGCUGCUUUUGACACUUGUCACUUCCUAAAGCUGCUAAACUGUGUGAGCGUGCUCACAGUGACGGAGGCUUGUGCCGGUAUGGAGACGGAAAUGACUGAGACUGAGAUGAUGGCAGCGCGGGUGGCGAUGUUUUCUGUUUGAAGCGAUGGUGCUGAAUGUGAGUGACAAUGAUACCAGUUACGAUUGACGUGAUGAAGAGGUGAACGACAGUUAUGAUGACGACGAUGAUGAUCAUGAUGAUGAUUAUGACGAUGACGAUGAUGAUCAAGGUGAAGUAGAAUCCUCCCUUACCUCACCUAUACCAAAGGGUACUGCAUGUUGCUCACAGCUAUGAAGGGGUGUACUGUGUCCAGCUGAGUGCAGAUGUGGUACCCUGAAGCAAAAGACACACACACACA